GAUGGCGGAGUUGACACAGGUUCACUGAUUCUAAAUAUGUUUUUAAACGCGUUUAUCCUUUUAUUUCGGAAUACAUGCAAAGUCUUUAACGUCGCGAACAUUAGUUACAAGUUACUAAUGUCCGUUUAAGUGUAACGUCUCCCAAAACUGAGGAAUUUGCUUCCAGAUCGGAUUUUUUUUUCUGCAGACACUGACUGGCUGUCUAGCUAGUUAGCUAAAAAGUUUGGGCAUCGUUUGAAAAUGAAGCGACAGGCCGGGAGGGACUCCAGUCCUAGUAGGACUUUAGCGAAACGAAUACGGGAAAGAGAGCGGGACCGGGACGGGGCACGGAGAGAGGACCUGCCGCUCCCACCACUUGCUUUGCUGCUCGCUGAAAGCGGGAGGCAACAUGCUCGGAGUAGGAGCAGGGAACGAGAAAAGACACGGCUUCGGGAGGAGCGUGGAGGCGCCGGAGACCCCCUCCACCACCGACAACAACACCACGACCUCGGUCUCAUCGGCCGACCCCUUCUCCGGACUACAGCCGUCCUGCCUAAAGGCAAAGCGGCAGCCGAACUACUGGGCCUCAGGGGGGGAACGGGGGGGACUCUGGAAUACAAAUCGUUGCUCAUUAGCAAUCUCGGCUCGGUGCUAUCUGACGAGCACGUUGAAGACGGACUGUUUCACGAGUUUAAAAAGUUUGGGGACGUUAGUGUGAAACUCUCACACACUCCAGAACUAGGCCGAGUCGCCUACGUCAAUUUCCGGCACCCGGAGGACGCUAAAGAGGCCAGGCAUGCCAAAACCAGGUUAGUACUCUAUGACCGCCCCCUCAAAGUAGAGCCCAUGUACGUCCGGCGGCGCAGCUGCACGCCGCCGGAUAUGGGCUAUGUCCCCAUCCAUGACGCCCCAUAUCCCUCUUAUAGACAGAGGUCCCUCUCCCCCUGCGCUGGAGUUAGUAGUAUGGGAGAUAUCCGACCACCAAGACAUUACCAUGUAGAGGGACUGGGACUGAGCAGAGAGAGGGAGAGGAUCUUAGAUUACUAUGGGAUGUUAGACGAGAGGGGACGGCCAUACGGGCUGCCAGUACCUGAGCAUGAUGACAUAAAACCCGAGGAUGAUGCGAGGGCGUGCAGGAACUUGUUCAUCGGCAACCUGGAUCACAACGUCACCGAGGGCGAGCUGAGGAGAGGCUUCGAUAAGUACGGCAUCAUCGAGGAAGUUGUGAUUAAACGACCGGCGCGUGGUCAGGGGGGAGCCUACGCUUUCCUCAAAUUCCAGAACUUAGACAUGGCUCACCGGGCUAAGGUAACCAUGCAGGGCCGCGUGAUUGGCGGGAACCCGGUGAAGAUAGGCUACGGUAAGGCCAACCCUACCACCAGACUUUGGGUAGGCGGGCUGGGACCCAGCAAUUCCCUGGCAGCCCUGGCCAGAGAGUUUGACCGUUUUGGCAGCAUCCGGAACAUAGACUAUACGAAAGGGGAUAGUUUUGCCUACAUUCAGUAUGAGAGCCUAGAUGCCUCCCAUGCUGCAUGUACUCAGAUGAGAGGGUUCCCUCUAGGAGGCCCAGAGAGGAGGCUGAGGGUGGACUUUGCCAAGGCUGAGGAGCCCCUGCCUCGUAGUUACCCAACAGAAUACCAGCCCCCUGUGCCUCUACCUGCCCACCUGGACCUGCUGAGGCUUCGCGACCGUAGCCUGGAGAGAGAGCUACGCGCCCGGGACCGCUCGCCCCCCUCCCACGCCCUGUUCACCCAGCGGGAGAGAGAGAGAGCUAUGCUGGACAGGGGGGACAGAGAGUUCACCUCUCCAACAAAUAGCCUGGAGCGCAGGGGGGGUGAAGCAUUUGGGGGGUCUCGUGGUGGCCGAGGGGACCGGGCAGCCCGGAGCCGAAGCAGAGAGCGCUGGCUGAAGGAGAGGGACGCAGAGCGGGCUGGGACGGAGAGACGCAGACGCAGGUCCCUCUCCCUUGACGGACCCUCUCAGGAGAAGGAGAGGGGCAUGUCCAAGGUGAGAGGAAGAGCAGGAUCAGCUUCUCCAGAGGACAGCCCAGACAGAGCCAGGGUCCGGGCCCCAGACUCUACCACCGAGCCAAGGGGACAGAGCCCUGACAGCAGCCGCCACUCCAACGAGGACCGGGUCGGCCAGGACGGCCACGAGACAUCCUCCAGCCGGAACCGCCACAAGAAGACUGGAGGAGACAGAGAGAAGGACCGUGACCGCAACCACCGGGCCAGUGACACAAACCACACCUCCGACACACUUAAUAAAGACCCCAGAACACCCAGCAUGCUGUCGGAGUGUGCCACCACCCUCAGCAAAGCCUGGCACGGUCACUUCACCCUGAAGAACUCCUGCUUCCCCACUAACAUGCACCUGCUGGAGGGAGGCUCCGGGUUCUUCCACUCUGUCAUGAAGGACAACCAGGCCAAGGGGAAACUGACCCAGCUGAAGAUCGCCCAGCGACUGAGGAUGGAUCAGACCAGGUUGAACGAGGUCACCAGGAGGAUCAAACAUGGUGGCUCCGAGGGCUACGCUGUUCUCCUGGCCCUCCAGGACCCCGUCGACCGCGAGGCCCCUCCACCUGAACCAGGCCUACAGAUCAGACUCCUCCGUCACCUGGUCACCUACCUGAGAAACAAGGAGGCUGCAGGAGUGAUCAGUCUACCAGUAGGUGGGGCUAAGGGCGGGGGCAAGGGAGGUAUGCUGUACGCCUUCCCUCCCUGUGACUUCUCCCAGCAGUUCCUCCAGAGUGCACAUCGGACUUUGGGGAAUCUGGAUGAAGAGCACCUGGUGGUUGUUAUUGUCAACGACUCUGCCUAACUUAGACAGAAGACACCUCUUUAUGGUGUUGGCUGUCAAUGUUAUUACACCCACGUUAACAACAGACAGCUGUCAGUAGGGCUGGGAAUUGCCAGGGACCUCGCCGUGCUUAGUUGCCGAUAUGUAUUGUGAUUCUCACGAUUCUAUUUGUAUUGUGAUUCGA